CCUCGAUCGACGCGAUGCUCUUUACACGCGCGCGCAAGUACCUCGCGACGGCCGAGCACAACGUCAAGCUCGCGUUCCUCUUCACCAUCACCUUUUGGUCCUGCCGCAGCAUCAUCUUUCAGCAAGUGCUCUCGGGCUAUGUGUACGUCCUCACGGGCUCGAACGAACCCGUGGGCAUGGUCAAGGGUAUCCAAGGCGUCGUGCAGAUGGUCGCAGCCAUUCCUGGUGGCUACGCCUGCGACCACUUUCGCCGCGACACGGUGCUCAAGGUCUCGGCGGUGCUCGGCCUCGUGUGUAUCGCCAUGAGCAUGGUGGCCUUUGGCAUUGGCCACUUGAAUUUGAUUUACAUCACGUUUGGCUUUUGGGGCCUCUUUUGCGCGCUCCAGCGCCCGGCGCUGGAGGCACUCUUUGCCGACUCGAUCCCGAACGGCGAGCGCGCGUACCCGAUCACGAUCAAGUACACGCUCAUGAACACGGCCAUGGUGGCCGGUCCGGCCAUUUGCAUCGUCUUUUUCCAGCUCUACGGCGACACGUGGUCGCUGGAAGGCCUCCAGUUUGUGCUCCUCGUCGGCACGGUCAUUGGCGUGCCGCCGCUUUUGCUGCUCUUCUUUUUCAACGACGACUUGGCGUAUGAGAAUUACACGAUGGCGCCGAUCAAGACGCGCGCCAUUUCGUUUGUGGACGAAGACGGCGUGCUCGAGUAUAGCUUUACCAACGACGACAAGGACGCGCAACCCAAGGUGUCGGAGCGCUCGAGCCUCGUAGUCGCUGACCUCGGCGACGUCGAACGCAACGAACACGGCGAUGUGAUUGGCGAUGGCAACUCGUUCUUGUGCUUUGGCCCACGCCACGUUCCGUACUUGCUCUUCUUUUCCGACUUUAUCAUUUGCAACGGCGCGGGCAUGACGGUCAACCUCCUCUUUGUGGUCCAGCCGCUCCUCGUUGUGUGCCUCGCGUUCGUCACGGAGCGCGUUGCUGCGCGUGUCGGUGGCAUUGAGACGGUGGUCACCACGCGUGUGUUUGCGACACUCUGUCUGCUUUUCAUGACGUACAUGAAGCCGCUCUGGGGCGAAAUCGGCCUCUUCCUUCUCCGGAGCGGUUUUAUGCGCUGCUCGGAGCCGCUGCGCACCUCGAUCCUCAUGGACUAUGUGCCGCAGAGUCUCCGCGGUCGCUGGAACGCACUCGAGGGCCUCACUCAGUUUACGUACUCUGGGAGCGCGGUCGUUGGCGGCUACUUGAUUGAGCGCCACGGGUACCGCUACUGCUUCUUCAUCACGUCCAUCAUCUACGCCAUCGGCAUGGUCGUCGAGCUCCUCCUCGUGCCCAUUAUCCGCAACAAGCCCAAGGCGCCGCCCGCGAAAACAAUCGUCGCGCUGCAUUAA